AUGCAGGGCCGCAGUACUUGGUCCCUGAUCGCGCUCCUGGCCCUAGCCGCCGGCUUGGUGGCGGGCCGGCCAUUGCCCGUAGCAGAGGUGGCAUCGGUUCAUGGGCCCGACGGGCGUCAGCUGCUGGCCGAGCCAUCUGUAGUGCUGGCCCUGGAUGCCGCCACUUCUGAUGUGGGCCCCGGCCUCACCUCGCUUGAGAACAGCGAGGGGGAUGCGGCCUGGGGCAAUCCUGAUGACCCAGCCAUGACUAUCCAGCUGCACAAUGCGGGCUACGACCAGGCUUAUGGCGGCGCAGUGGUGUUCAGUUCCCCACCCGAGGGCACUGCCGAGGCGGGGUCUUACGGCGACGGCAAGCCCGUGGGUGUCAGAGAUGGCGCCUGGGGCGACGAGUUCAGCGCGUUGGUGUGGUACAAGCCCGGCCAGCUGGACGCCGGUGCCAACCCCGUGCUGCUGCAAGUGGCAGGGGCGGAUGAGCUGGGCGACCCCCGCGCCUCUGCCACCUGGCGCGUGGCUGGUUUUGAGGACCAGACAGCCCAGGGCUCCAUUCCUAUCAAGGGCUUCACCGCCCAGCCCACCUACACCGCCGACUCGCUCAAGGAUUGCUGGGUGCAGCUGGCAGUGGUGAAGAGCGGGCCGGCCCUGGAGUUUUACAGGGACGCACAGCCGGCCGGCACUGCCACCGCCGCCUACGUGGUGAACGACUAUGGCGCCGAGGUGCUGGCGCUGGGCGUGGACUACAGCAGGCUGGUGGAGCCUGGCAGCAACGCCACUGGCAUCGACCCCGCGGCGCUCAGCGGGCCGCUGGGCUGGCUGAGCGGCAGCAUCGGCGCCAUUGAAGUGCACAGCCGCGCCCUGACCGCCGCGGAGAUUGCUGCCAAGUAUGAGGGCCAGUCUUCCCGCUACUCAGAGUCGCUGUGCUCGCUGGAGUCCCCCAAGCCGCCCUCCACGCUGGACAGCAGCACUGCCGCCGUGUCGGGCAGCGGCGCCAGCGGCAGCGUGGCCAACACCCUCACCAUGACCGGCGGCGAGGAGCUGUCCGGGCUGCAGACCGACCCUGUGAAGCAGGAGCAGCUGAAGCAGGCCAUCCUGGCGUCCCUCAACCUGCCCCCCGGCUACACCACCGACAACAUCCAGAUCAACGUUGUGUCCGUGACGCAGGAGGGCGGCCGCAGGAGGCUGCAGGCCCCACAGACCAAGGUGGUGGUGGAGUACACGCUGACGGCCACCCCAGAGGUGCAGGUGGAGGUGCUGGCCAAGGCGGAGGCCAGCGUGUACCUCUUCAUCCGCGUGCAGCAGCCGGCCAUCCCGUGGUGGUCUGGCCCUACCGCCACCAUAUGCAUCAGCGACAGCGAGGGCGCGUGCAACGUGAACACGCCGCCCAUCACCCCGCCCGUCGUCAUCCAGGACUGCUCCGCCAACGUCUGCUUCCUGCUGGAUGGCUCCAAAUCCCUGACCAAUGUGGAUGGCUGGAACGACGUGGUGGCGUCGGCGCGCUCCAUAAUGUACAGUUUGAACGACCCGGCAGCCGUCUUUGACGUCUUCUGGUUCUCCAACGACGUGGAAAAGAUUGGCCAUGCCACGGGCGCCGAGGUGGCGGCCAACAACAGCUUUGUCUCCAUGGUGGUCAACACGACUCCCGAUGCCCAUGGCACGUGGAUGGCCCAGGCCAUCACCACCUGCCAGGGCGUGCUGCUGGAGGAGGACACACAGGCCAGCCGCACCAUCGUUCUGAUCACAGAUGGCAAGCCCACAGACCCGCAGCCCACGUUUGAGGCCGCGGAUGCCGCCAAGGCGCGCGGCAUCAAGAUGGUGGUGGUUGGUGCGGGCGAGAUCGACUACGCCACGCUCAAGGCGCUGGCCUCUGGGCCCCAGUUCGUCUUCGCCAACACAAACCUGGACUCUUCCCAGCUCAUGCUCAUGGCAGAUCUCGCGUCGGAGGGGGUGUGCCGUGAGGAAGACAAGUAG